AUGGCAGCGCCGGUGCGCCAGGGCCUCGAGCGAGCGCUGGCCGCGAUCCGACGCCCGGCCAAGCCGUUCGCCACGGGCCGCGGGCUGCAUCCGCGUGAUUCUCCGCGCCUGCAGGUCGAUGGCAUGGACGCGCCGCUGAGUGGCUCGUGUCGCAUCUUCCACGCAGUCUCUUGCUCAACGUCGAUGCAUUUCUGGAUCCUGCACACGCUACAUGCUCGGUCUCGUGCAACGAAAGCCCAAGACGUAGUGUCCCCUCGCGGUGCUGGCGCCCACCGUAGUGUCAGCCGCGGUGUGCCCUUCUCGGCAGUUUGUGGCGGACGUGGAGCACGCCUUGUGCCGGCCAUCGCAGCACUACUGCGCCGCCACGUGUCGAUGCCAGCACGGGCAGCGAGUCAUCUUGGAGCGUUGCUGCUGCAGUCGGUGCCGCAGCUCAUCAUUCGCAGCGACGAGUCCACUCGCGUUGGUGACAGUCGGCUUUUCCUACAGCAUUAUGCCCCCACGGCAACCGGGCUCGCCCGUGACGCCGCCGACGUGGUGCACACCUGGACACCGAAUGCGUUCGUCUUUUUUGCGCACCAAGUGACUUUGACGCUCGUAGUUAUGCCCGAUCGUAGCCUCGCGACCUACCGCAGCACUGCCGUCGUGGACCACCUUGCCCGCGCCGGCGUCGGGCGACUCGAAGCCGAAGCAGACGUCGCGCUUCCGACGCUCGACGAUUUGACCGUCCGCGGUCUCACGCCUCCGUCGGCGCGUCACGACUGCCUCAGUUGCGCAACGUUUCUCGUCUUUCUCGAGAGCCCAACGGGCUUGGAGUGCGACUUUGACUCGGCCACGCGGCUUCUUUGCCGAUGGCUGGGACGUGGUCGUCGCCCCAAGACGCCGCAAGAGCUCCAUGCCCCGAUCGACGAGUGGAAGCGCCGACUGGAGCUCCACCAAGAGCGCAGUUUGGACGGUGGCGACGGGCCUGUUCGCACGAGGUCUUGCUUCAAGCUGAUAGCACUCUCGGUCGACACGUCUUAUGAAGGUACACGCCACUUCUGUGUGCCAAGGUUCCCGUACGUGGCGCGCCGUCUCUUCAAAGCUGUGUUUUGA